CACACAGAAUUUACCACUGCACCGGCUUUGAUGUACUGUAUCUUCUUUGAAAAUUUCCAAUAGUGUCGAGAUAUUGAGCACAACUUCAGCAUUGGCACCAAAUCACUUCGCAGCCUAGUGCAGUAGUAACUAAAAUGGUUUAUCCAUUUGCAUAACUAUCAUGUUGUGUCUCUCUCCCAUCCUCUCCCUGCAGACAUUUCUGAAAUUGAAUAUUUCCCUCUCUCUCCACAUCUCACAAGAAUUCGUGUCCACAAGCAGAAUAUCACCCCCCUACGAGAGAUUGUGUGUUACCCUAUUACUAAAACAUACACAAAUGUUCCUCCUGUGUUCUCUUCAUACAAGCGCACUGCUCCAUCCUUGAUUCAUGUGACUCCUAGAAAACCGCCUUCCGAUCCCUCACCUCCUUCCCCUCCGAAGAGGCUAUCCUCGCACCACAGUUCCACCCUCCGCCUAUGGUCAAAUAUGAGGCAGCCCUCUCAAGCCCACACAGGCCCUGCUCGAUCCAGGCAUGAGUCAUGCUUCAGAGACACUAACGUCAGUUUCUUAAGAGAUCGUUUAAGCCACAAAUUAGGAAUGCACAGCAGAAAUGUUGGUCAGCGUGAUCAUCCAGUCAGAACGACAAGGACCACUUCCUCAAGUCCUGUAGGAACCAGAAGUAGUUCAGGUGGCGUAGGUCGAAGUAGGUCGGUUCCAGAAGAAAGUUUUCUCAGGAACAGAAGAGCAGACGUGACUUCAUCUGAAGUACAAUCAAGGAAAACCCAGCAGGAACAUGUUAAGAGACUUAGUAGGUCUCCUGACUUGACAGCACCAAGAGAAGUUCGUAAGAUUUUGCGGAAACAAAAGGAAAAAGAUACAAGGGAGAGACUGGGUGUGAGAUCACUGCCUCCUGGGACUGUCAUACGUAAUUCAACGAUGCUCUACUCGUCUGCAAAAAAUGCAGGUCUUCACUGCCAUCCUGAGGAAAAGUCACUUCAUGUGACAGUAGCAAUUUCACCAAAAGGGCAAGAAAUACUCCAGCCUAAAACAACAAAUAACACUACUUCCAAGACAUCCUCUGUCGCAGCUACUAGCAUUCCCUGUUCUAAGUCACCAUCUCCUUCGCUGUUGCCAAAUCUAGGAUUUCAAAAAGAAAGUUUGUGUCCAAGACAAACAAUGAAAUUGGGCUCACCAGGUCACCAUUCCCUCUCUUCUUCUUCAUCAGCAUCAAAGACAAAAUCUUCUGUUUCUCCAAGUCCUUCAAGACCCAGUAGUCCUUUGAAGAGAACCAGUAGGAGUGCGAAUAGGGACUGUGCAAAUGCUGAAUCACUGAGAAUAAGUAGGUCUUCAAGAACUGUCACGCCUUCACUAAUAGAGCUAACAACAGAUGAAGGUAACAGAAGAGUAAGGAAAAGCACCUUACCAGAUGUCAAGAAACGCACAAAAGAAAAGUCACAUGUUCCAAGUGUAAAAUCAACAACGCCUAUGACAAAAACAGUCAGUAAGUCUACAGUUCAAAGUUCUGGCAAGGGACGUGAGAAGGAAGGCAAAGAAGACAUUAAGAAGAAAGUGAAGAAAAGUAAGGUUAACAGUAAUGGCGAGUCAAAGCGGGGCCAUGCUUCUAAAAGAUGUGCUAUUACAAAAUCUUCUUCAUCAUCAUCAAAUAGCAAAGGCAGAGUUAGCAGUGAAGAUAAGAAAAACAGUAAGACUGAGAUGCCCAUUUCAGUACCAAGAAUUGAAACAGUGAUGGGUUUCACUGCUGUACCUGCUACCAGAAAGUUAGCCACACAGUGUGACAGGCUACUGGAUUCAGUUACUCAUCACAAUGUGGGUCCCCUAAAUACGGAAUCCUUCUUUCAGCAUCUUCUUCUAAGAGACAUGCCACCUCCGAAACUAUCGGCAGCAAGCAGUCUCUGCAGAUCUUCAUCUGUCUUGCAGAGGACCAGGGAAUUUCACGAACAAGUCACAGGGAAAUCACGCAGGAGGACAGAACCCGCUCUUGGAUUGCUGAAUGUCUACCUAGCACAGAAGAGACCUGUUACAGAGUCGAAGUUCCGAAGUCUGGACCGUCAGUUGAAUGUGUCAUCAAGAUCCCCAAGUCCGACCUAUCGAACUGGGACGUUUCCUGUGCGGCCACAUCUUUUACGGUUGAAGAAAGAUAGUUCUAGACACGAACCAGAUGGUGGAAUGUUUUAUUCUUUGAGUCCAUCAAGAAGUAGAACUCCAGAGAGCGAAGUAAGGUCGUAUUUGAAGAUAAGGAGUUCCAGUGAACCUCCUAUAUUAUUACCGUCCACAGGAGCCGUGUCAAGAAACCAUUCACCUCGCAUCGAAUCUCGACGCGAAACGCCAUCAAAUGUUGCAUCCUCAUCACGUUGCCAGUCGCAGCCGUCUUCGCCAUCUCCGACUAGAUCUGCGGCUUGCAGACGAAUCAGAGGAACACGAUCGCAGUUGGCGAAAACAGUGGAGAGUGUUGUUGGAUUGAAGAAAAAAGGCAUUCGUGCCAGGAGUGCAGGAGACCUUGAGGAUGAGAAACAAGACCGCAGGAAGGAGUUGAGAACACUCACGAAAAUACAUGCAAACAGUACAAAUUCCUUGAAUAUAUCCCACGUCUCUGAUCACAGUGAAUAUCAGUCCUAUGUUAUGGAACUGGUACACUCCACGAAGAAGUCGGAGCGAUUCCGGGAACUUCAUAAGUUCUACUCGAGUCUCGAACGUCUUGGACAAUUGGAACGAACGACAUCGACAGGUGAUCUCCGCCCGCGUCUCAAGGGCGAGGAAGUUAUUGACUAUGACCGUUGGAAGCAGUUGAGGUCAAAGGAGAGAGCGGAAGCGGAAAUGAAGGUUCUGUAUACGACGCUUAAAGAGGAUCAGAAGGAGAAGGAUUUGUUGUUUUUGUCUAAAGAUGCUGAAUCUUUGCGAUGGAGAAGCGAACGAGACAGGGGUCUUCGUUGUAGAGAGAAAUCCGUGGAGAAUCUUAAGCAACAUUUUUGCAAACUAAGUACUGAAGAGUCUGAUUUAGAAGCCACAAGAAGAAAGGAACUUGAUGCCAAGAAAGACGUUUAUAAGCCUCUGUGGCGUGGGUCGUCAGUAAUGAACCUUGCAAGUUGUCUGUCUUCAGUAACGAGUUCACAGAGGGGAAGACCUGUCGGUGGGGACACCAGAAUCCACAGCACGUCAAGGAGCUUAAGCAGGCACUCGCCAGGAAGAUACUCAAGAGAAAUCGGUAGCCGGCUGUGGAGCAGUCUCUCAGUGGACCAGGUUAAUGCCUUGAAGUCUCAGCUGAGUGAGAUAUACAGCUCUAUGCCGAACGCGAAACACGAUAAGCUGAUGAGACGGGAGGAUUACGAGAUACCGGUACCUCCAGAGAACGGAGAAGUUAGAAGAUUUCGGGCAGAAGAGGAGAAUCUUCACGUGCGUUGUAAUUCUCUGCUGACCCGUGAUCAGCUGUACUCGCCUCUAGUUCGUCGCAGAGAAACGAGACGCACUGAGAGCAUGAAGGCAGACUCCAUCAGUUGCCUGCCGCACUUGAAGAAAAAUGGAAGUAAACUGAGACAUGAAGCGUCCAGAUACUGUCCAGAUCGCGCAAAUCCACUGUCAGAAACCGAAAAGAAACGUUUGUCAAUGACCUUGAGCCAAGAAGUCCUGGAUCGUGUCACGAGAAAGGAGAGAAAUGGUUCAAUGCCGGUUGUGAGAGGACGGGAGACAAGGGGUGCAGUUGCUGCCGCAGCAGCCAAAGACCAGAGAAAGACUUCGAGUCUGAGCUCCAGUCCCAUGCUCUCUGAAACGAUUUCACCAAGGACGUGUUACUCGCUGGAAAUGUCAGAAGAAGAUGCUUCCUCCUCAAGAAAGAACGACUUUCUUCUUGUGCUGACCCCUUCCGAUGGUUCACAGAGUCGACAACAUGAGGUUCAGAAAGUUGUAGAGGAGUGGGCGAACUCUAAGCCCUCGACCAGUAAGGCAGUUGACGCUGGGGACGAGAGGAAAACUCAAAACGGUGUUGUGGCCAGAUUAGUGAAAACAACGUCUGCAAGCGAAACGGAGAGCGCUAGCUCUGACACGUCCACGAGGACAGUGAUCCAUCGGGGCAGCAGUGGAGAGGAUGUACUCCAAAAAGUGGAAUAUUUUGAAAGGAAACAAAUAAUGGCGGACAGCGAUACAACUGGUGCUCAAUCUAAAAUUUUCGGCAGGGUCUGUCGAAGCGCUAGUGAUAUCAGGACUCCAAGACUACCCAUUCUGACACCCAGCAGUCGUGCAAAAAGUGCCCCAGGGGCAUUUUCUACAUCGCAGAGUAUGGCAGCUCCGUCAUUCCAACCUCCUCCCACAAAGCUCCGACCGUCUCAGUCCUUUGCUGAUCUCAAGGAGUUAUUUGGGGAACAGAGUCGUUUGAGGUACUCAACAGUGCCGCUGAUGACCCAGAAAAGACAAGAGUCCACAUCUCCGCCACGGCGUCAAGACGGAGAUUAUCGGCAUGGUCGUCAGGGCAGAGUUAGUCCAUACAGGACUCGCUGCAGGAGCAGUAGUACUGAGAGUCUUUUCCGACAGCGGUCCAGGAGUGUUUCCCCCGAUCCGACAAAGUAUUUACGGGCAUAUCUGCAGAUGGUAAAACGCGGGGAUGUCAGAAGGCUCUGCGACAAGUUUGAGAGCCUCGAAGACCUUUAUCACUAUUCUGCUGGAGAAGAUGGGAAGCUCAGGAGGCAGUUUAUUUUGAAAAGACAUCGCAGCGAUCCAGAUCUUGUGCGUGACUUCUUGGCGAGAAGAGUAUCUGAUACUAAUAGAGUGGUAGUGAGAGGACAGGAGGUUGGCGACGUUCGAUGGCUCAGGCGACGCUUUGAGACGUGCUGUAGGGGGCGAAGUCGCAUCCGGAAAGCAAGGCCGUUAUCUCCUGUCCUUAGGAUUCCGUUCAGAGCCGAGGACAGAUUCAUGCCUCACAUAAACGUGAUAAGCAAGACCGCGUCUUUGCAGCGUUCGUCGACCGUUUCUCCUCAGCUUCAAGAGGUCCUUUCAAAGGACGAAGGCUUCACGCAUUUUCAUACCGGUGAAGUACAUCGAAUAAGAGAGAAGUUUGAGACGCAAUUGUCUUUAAUGGGACAGAUGUUCACGUCGACUCCGGAUGUCCGAGAGCUGAGGGACAUAGCCCCUUAUUUGGGGUGUCACUGGGUGGCACACAGGUUUCCUGACACCCGGCCCGAUAGCAGAUCGCUGUCCUCGCCCGAACUGAGACCUGCCUCUCCAGUAACCAGGCCAUCUUCCAGGGAGUCACGCCCCAGACCCUCAUCGUCCUCCCCCACACGAUCUCGUAGGCAACCCCUCUCUAUCUUGAAACCUCAGCAGCCUCUGCAGCAGCGCCAGACAGCUGCAACUACAGCCGCGACGAGUGACGUCAAACCACGAGAUGUGUUUGCAAAUCAAGCGUUUGAUCCAAGUGUUCACCGCCCGUUGUAUCGCUACCAGCCUGUCGAUAACGCUUCUGGAACUGGUCAACGGUACGCAGAAUCCAAGUGGUGGUGCCGCCAGUUUCCUCCGCGACCCACCGUCACUUUUAAAGAGUCGCCUCAUCGAUACGUGGAGUCGGAAGUGACAAUUCACUACCGGAGUCCCGUGCGAUCCGAGGCCAAGGAAGUGCUGUCGGAAGAGGAACUCGCCAGACGGCAGGCCGAGGCCAUGCGUAGGAUAUACCAGGAGGAGCGGAGGCGGAAGUACCUGCAUGAGCUACAGGACAUGAACAGCAGGAGACACACAGACAAUUUCACACCAUCGCAGAAGUCACCAAUUCCUCUCAACCGUUACGAUGACUUCUUGGACGAUGUUGGCUACAAAGGGAAACCAAGAGACCGAACACCCGAACCCAAACUGGUGGCACGAGCUCUCUACAAUUUUGUUGGGCAAACAUCGAGGGAGCUCAGCUUCAGAAGAGGGGACAUUAUAUUCGUGCGACGCCAGAUUGACAAGAACUGGUAUGAGGGAGAGCACAACGCUAUGGUCGGCCUCUUCCCUUUCAACUAUGUUGAGAUAAUCCCAUAUGAUGGAAUUCGAACAAUACCCAAGCUACCCAAUGAAGGCCAGGCACGUGCCAAGUUCAACUUCAUUGCACAGACACAUCUUGAAUUAUCUCUGGUCAAAGGUGAACUUGUGGUGCUAACGAGGCGUGUGGAUGAUAACUGGUUUGAGGGUCGCAUUGGAAAUAGGAAAGGAAUCUUCCCUGUAUCAUAUGUGGAAGUCCUUUCUGAACCAGGUGAAAAACCAGGGACCCCUGUAGCUCCGUUAUCAAAACCUAUCACAUUGCCUGCGUCACACACGGUCCUGAUGAAUGGAAGUGGGAUCAAACAGUCGAUGGGACACCACAGCUACCAGCCGUCGUCAUACUACAGCCAGAAUAAGAUGGCUUCCUCAUACACAUCCAGCAACCCAUAUGCAACACUGCCCCGCCAGAGCCAGACUUUGAAGCAGCCACUGGCGCCUGUCAACCAAACGCUGCACAUCGAUACACACUCUGAACCUGUCCCGUAUCGUGCGUUGUACAACUACCGGCCACAGAAUGAAGAUGAGCUGGAGUUGUGCGAAGGAGACACAGUCUAUGUGAUGGAGAAAUGUGACGACGGUUGGUAUGUGGGGUCAAGUCAGAGAACUGGCUACUUUGGUACCUUCCCUGGCAAUUAUGUUGAAAGAAUAUGAGGUGAGCUUAGGAUGCAUCGAAUUAGGUUAGGUUCAUCAUACCCCAUCACACGACUUGGAACAGGUUAAUGUAAACAAUGCUCAAGAUAAAAUUCACUGUGGCUUCCAGUUCAUUUUGGUGCACACAGUCUGUUGCACAAAAAAUAUUAUCCGUGAUCCUGAUAAUGUCUUUCUGUUGUACUCAAUAACGAAGACUUUACGAAGUAAAUGUUGGAUAAAUAUUUAUGACUGUGUGCCAUGGCUUAGUGCAGCUUGUCAUGCAUUGCACUAAAUGCCACUAAAACGUUGAGCCCAGAGUUAAAAUCCAGCUGAUAAUUACGUAGUACGGAUAUAAAUCCUCUUUUCGUAUCUAAUAAAGGUUAUAGCUACAAAUGAGAUACAUUACUCUUCUGAUGCGAAUAUCUUACAUUGUCAGAGAAUAGAUUUCUUCCGGCUUCUGUCCAAAGUGUUUAUAGCUUUUCACCAGAAUAACAUUCUGCGAGGAAAAUGGGAAAAUCCAAGGUAUUUUGUAGUCAAAAGAAAGUCAACAUGUGGAUUCUACACUACAAUUUGUUAUCGUGUUGUGAUAACUGUAUGAAGCAUGGACACUGCUAUGAGAACCGUAUGAGUAAAUAGACAUACAGGAAUGAUAAAAUAUUAUAUGGCGUGGAUUAGAGAGGCGGUGGGUGUCGUGUUGUCCUCUAUGAAGUACCGUUCUUGCAAUUCUUAAGAGACACUGAAAAAUGUCUAACAGGUUACGUACUUCCGAAGUGUAAAAUUAAUGGUAAAUCUGCUUAACUGUUAUUGUCAUAGUAUUUCAAGAAUUAUGUUAGGUGGAUUAUCACUAAUUUCAUUCAUACAAGUGAAGUUUUUCUGUUCUUUUGUAGGUUUUGAAAUUUUAAUCUUUUUCCAUCAAUGCAAGAACUAUAUUGCUUACAGUGAAAUAUUAAUUAUUUCCUUUGAUGAUCAUCCGUGAACACUUUAAUCAUCCAUUUACAAAGAACCCAACAGUUCUUCAUUAUUCCCACAACUGCUUCUUUUGUGGGUCCUAUUCUGGGCCACUUGUCCUGUUCACAGCUCAGUAUCUUUCCAUAAUACUCAUUUUUUUAAUGGAUUUACAAUAAAACCGUAUAUUUCUCCCCGCCCCCAACCAAUGUUGGCCAAUACAGUCUUAUCCAUAAUUUUAUGUAUUACUUUUGCCUAAUAUAAAGCUAGAACAUUUGAAAUGAGGACAUUUGUCUCAUAUAAACAUAGUUACGCAAGUUUAUUUUUCUGAAGCUGUCGGAAAGCUUGAUUAUGUAAUUUCUGAUUAAAUAAUUCACUACUAAAUAGUGACAUUAUCACAUCCUUUUCCCUGGAUAAAAAAGAUCGACAGCAUUUCAAAGAUUAGCUCUCUCUCUCUUAAGUUAUAUGAAGGCAUACAUAUUGUGUGAUUGCUCAUAGAUAAACCCAGCUUUCAGGACUUUUUUCCGUGUUGUGUAUCCUCACUGCGAACGCUCUCCGUACUCCACCACAAAUGUAGGAACUGCACGUAUAGGUUUUAUUUUGAGCAUUGUAAAGGUGUGAGAUGUGGCCAAGUCCAUUUGUCUUUGUUAUUUUGAUAUAAGCAGUUGGUUUAUCCAAAUGAAAUUUUUAUAUACCAAAGAAUCAUUAUAAUUAUUAUUAUUACUAUCUCAUUGAUUUAUUAGAAUAAUUUCUAUUCAUGAUUACACUAUACAUACUCAUGUCAGAUUUAAUCCGAGUCUUUGCCUGGGUUAACGUAACUGCAUUAAUAUUGUCAGGUGUAAAUACGGUAUACUGGUAAAUUCUAGAAUCAGUAUGAAAAAAGUGUGCCACAUUUUCAAGUGGACUUGUUAACGGGUCGAUUAUAGUUUUACAAAUUUGAGUUGAAGAAUCGUGGUUGGAUUUUGUUUCGAGAGUUGCUUGUAUUAAGCAAAUUGUGAGUUACAAGCUAAUAAUCAGUCAUUUCUUCUCUGAUUAUUUCUGCUCCUAACUCAGCAUCUACAAUUAAUUUGUUGGUUUAUUAUCCAGAGUUUAUUAUAUUUCAGCACAUCUACCAGUGCACCCUCUGUCAGUCUUUGUAUGUUUAUGUUUUUUAUCUUUUACGUUUACUUCUAAUUUGAAUAGAAAGCGUUUUCUUGUCUUUUAUGCAGACUUUGUCAAACCUACAAAAUAUAUUUUACUGUCAUGAUAUGACUUAAGGCAGUGCUUUGGAAAUACCUUUAUACAGUUAACUUACAUUUGAUUUUCUUUUGUAAAGUCUUAAUUUGGUUCCUGUCUGAUCUUUCCAAAUUUCAUGUAGUUUUUGUUUAAUUGUUUUCUCUGUCUCCCCUUUUUUUAUAGAACUGAUAUGACGAGAAUGAUGUAAAGGUUUUCUGAGUACAAGCUCUACCUAAUAUUGAUUAUCUUAUUGUGCUUCCAAGGGCUUUUCUUGUGAUGAAAGGAAAAGGAUUCCGAGUUUUUUUUUCCGUAUCGCAUAUUUGAAAGAGAACAGUGAUAAUAUUAGUCACGGCUGGUAAAUAAACACAGGGAAGUACUAUUAUAGUAGGUUAAUGUACAUAUGUGCAUCGAGAUCACCUACCCAAACCUUUCUAUAAUUGUCUGCUGGUCGUAUAUAAUGACUAAGGGUGUGGUAAAUAGUUUGUUAAAUGGAAAACAGAGUGCAGCAUCUGCCUGUUAAUGAAAAAUACUUCAAAGUUUAUAAAAUACAAGUAACAGAGAAAAAAGGGUAAUUUUUCCAACUUGUAUGUCUAACGUGGAAUCUAGAAUGGGAGACGCACUCCACUUGUGGAGUGUAAAGGGUUCGGUAAAAGUAUCUUUGUUUUGUUUCCAGUUGAAUGUAAAUAUUUGCUUGUAUGAAAGAUCUUUCUGUUACUUUAAUUCAUGCAUGUCUUUGUUUUCCUGAAAUAUCAUUCUUGUACUUCUAAAAGCCACAAUUAUCUUUAUUUUUUAAAUACUGUGCCUCUGGAACAGUUUUUCCUCAUACAUAUAAGACUACUGCAAAUUCUGAUUGAUACAGUCAAGAUUACUUCAGAUAAUGUGACUUCCAGUGUCACGUUCUUUAUUAUCCACACUGUUGUGAUGUAAUUCUGUCUCCUAAUCAGUAGAGUUAAUGAUAAAGUCCAUCCCUAUGUCUUGGCUGGUAUUUUUAUAAGAAGAUGUUUAGUGAUAACUGUUAGAUGUACAUACUGUACAAUUUUUUAAUUAUUAAUUAAUUAAUGGAUUUAUGCUGCAUGUGCACUGCUUAGAUACAUUUCUGUGUUGAACUAUCUAGUCAGUAGCCAAAGUUUUCAGUCACAAUGGAUGAACUAAAUAUUAUUUAUCUUGUAUUUGGGGACCUGUCGUUCGGGCUCUCAGUUGUUGUGUCCACAUGCGUUUGGUCUCGACACAUUCAUUGCUGAUGAUAGUAGGCAGUUUGGUUCUCAAGUGAGAAUGAGCUUUAGCACUGGUGAUGGCUUGUAUUGCCUUACCUACAGU